AUGAGUGCUACAAAAAAUAUACCCAGAGUACACAAGUUUUUUCAUCAAUUUGAAGGUAUUACCACCCUCAGAGAUGAUAAAUAUAUUUCUGAAUGGAAUGAAUACACUGAUAAGUUGACCAAAACGCCAAAUGAUCCAAAUUUGUGGUGUCAACGUGCUUUAGUAUGCCUAAAAGAAGGUUAUCCGGAAAUUGCGCUUAUAGAUGCGAAAAGAGUUUUAUUAUUAUGUGAUGAAAUUAAAGAUAAUAUCGAAUUACAAAAAAUAAGUUACAAGGGAAGAUAUUACUAUGCCGAAGCUUUGCGUGCUUUAGGCCUUCCUGGGAUGUCUGCCUCAGAAUAUGAAAUAUUAAAAGAUCUUUCAGAAACUUUUAAUAAGACAAAAAAGGAAAAAUUUCAGAUAUUGGCAUUAAAAUUGAGACAACUAAGUAAUAUUCGAAUUCAAGUAUCACCAGAUGGGACUGCAGAACCAAAGAAUGAAUUAUUGCUCAAGGAAAUAUCAAUAAGAUGGGGGUUUACCAGCCCUAUUAUAUUGUCAUAUGUUGAUUGCGGAUGGUUUAGAUUCAAUGGUCAAUAUCCUUGGGAUAAACGUCCAAAUGAACGAAUUUCAGCUACUAUACUUAGAGAACUUCAAAAACAACUUGAUAAUGCCAGUAAUAAAAAGUUAAAGGUUGUUUUACGAAAGCUUCCGCCUGAUUCAGUUAAAGAAUCAAAAAUGACGAUUCAUCUGGGAGUUGAGUCUAUUAAAGACUUUACGACCCAUGAAAUUAUCCUAGAAGAAGAUCCAUUUAUUGCAGGACAUAAUCACUUUUCUAACAGAUGUGAAUAUUGUACGCUUGAGCUUGUUGAAAAACCUGGUCAUCCAAGAUGUUCAGUCAAGUAUCCUUGCCAUAAUUCUCGAUGUAAAGAGUUGUUUUGUAACAAGAAAUGUUACAAAUUAGCAAUGAAAUUAUAUCAUAAACGACUUUGUGGAAAGAGUAUUGAUACUAUCAUUCGUUCAGCACAGAGAGUUCGUCCAGGUUGGAACCAUAUUUUUAUUUUAGUAUUAAAACUUUUUGCUUUAGCUAAGGAACGGGACAUAAACCCAUUAGAUAUUAAGGAAAUUAAACAUCUUUCACGUCAACAUGCAAACUCAUAUUACGAAGGACAUCUUCCUUGGGAUAGUGAAUAUGAAAUAAUCUAUUUUGAGAUCUUAAAACUUGCGGAAAUUUCUUUAUAUGAUCUACAAUAUGAUUUUUGGGUAUUCAUAACUUUGAUGGCGAUUCUUGGAGUAAAUGUAUUUAGUGGAGAAGGAAAUAUACGUGAUACUCACGGCAUUUUUCCAUUGACAUCUCUUUUUAAUCAUAGUUGUAAUCCUUUGGUUAUACAUAUGAAUGCAACAGAAAGGUACUUUAGAAAAGAUUUAACUCAACAAUUUAUGGAACUGCGUCAAAAAUACCAACAAAUUGAUUGCAAUCGCUUUCGCUUUACUACUAUCGCUUUGCAAAAUGUAAUGAAGGGACAAGAAAUUUUUACCUGUUACAUUGAUACAAUAGAUGAUAAACAACAACGGCAAUCUAAGAUUUUAUAUACUUAUGGAUUUAUAUGCCAUUGUGAUAAAUGUGAAGCUGAUCCUCAGUGUCAUUUUAGUCUCCCAGGAGCUAUUUGUUGGAAUUUGCAUUAUUAUACCGAUAAUGAUGAAUCUUUUCUCUCUCAAUUUAAAUGCUUGAACUUAGAGUAA